GGAAACAGCAGCAGCAGCGGCAGCAGCAGCACACACAGGGAAAUACAUGCUGUUCAUCUUAAACUAAACAUAUAUCUAGAUAUAUCUAUAUAUAUAUAUAUAUAUAUAUAUAUAUAGAUAUAUAUAUAUAUAUAUACCAGUAACACACUGUGAGGUGUUUAAGAAACUAAGGGCUGUGUAAUUCACCUUCGGUCACGAGGACUGGGAACAAUGUCGCGCGGCUCAAACGCAGGCUUCGACCGACACAUCACCAUCUUCUCACCGGAGGGCCGGCUCUACCAAGUCGAGUAUGCCUUCAAAGCCAUCUCCCACAGCGGCCUGACCUCUGUGGGUGUCCGUGGAAAAGACAGCGUGGUGGUGGUUACACAAAAGAAGAUACCUGACAAGCUGCUGGACUCGUCCACUGUGACCAACAUGUUCAGGAUCACGCCUCGCAUCGGCUGUGUGAUGACCGGACACGGUGGGGACAGUCGUUCUCAGGUUCACCGGGCACGGGUGGAGGCUGGAGAGUGGAAGUAUAAGUUUGGUUAUGACAUCAAUGCAGAUGUGCUGUGUCGAAGGCUGGCUGACAUCUCCCAGGUCUACACGCAGAAUGCUGAGAUGAGACCUCUGGGCUGCUGUAUGAUGAUGGUGGCUGUCGACCCUCAGCAGGGACCAGCCCUGUAUAAAUGUGACCCAGCAGGUUACUACUGUGGCUUCAGGGCCACAGCGGUCGGCCCCAAACAAACAGAGGCCAACAGUUACCUGGAGAAGAAACUGAAGAAGAAGCCUGAUCUGACCCAUGAGCGGACAGUACAGUUGGCCAUAUCCUGCCUGUCAUCUGUCCUCUCUGUGGACUUUAAGGCCAGUGAGCUGGAGGUGGGUGUGGUCACCAAAGAACAGCCUAAGUUCAGGAUGCUGUUGGAGACAGAGACAGAAGCUCACCUGGUUGCCAUAGCAGAACGCGAGUGAAAUUUCACACGGAUCAUCAUAGUAUUUCAUUUUCCGUGUGACUCAUACAGACACGCCCACUGUCUGGGAAAUAAAACCGUACACAGCUGAAGAAGAAAUUCACACAUUUACCAACCAUUCCAAGUGGCCUUUUGUGUUCAAUAUAUCACAGGAACAUCAUGUUUGAAUUGUGGGAUAUUAAAACAUACAUAUAUUUGUGA